UGACAAUAACUUCUCAUGUCAUAACCGUAUUUCCAUUUUGAAUCAAUACUUGAAGCGAUCGAUAGCAAGGUAUGCAUGUGAACAAUACUGAUUCACACGCUCGACUAAUGUAUCAAAAGACGUAAUGUUCCAAUAUGUCCGUGUGGAUUCGUCAUUGUUUAAAGCGGAGGCAAAGUACGUGUAGCUAGUUUGUACUUUGUAACACAAGACGCAUGGGCAAUGGCCUGUGUAAUCACAUUUGUUUACCAACGUUGAAAUGUUGAAAGAGCGAUUUUUGCAAUCAUAGGAGAUUUAAACUUUUAUUUUUAAAUAUUGAUUACAAGAUUCAACACGCAUGGUUUACUUAGAAUAUAAACCACGCUAGCGGUCGAUAAGGAUAAUUUGUAUAAUUGGAUUUUAUGAGCAGAUAAACUGAUUUUUUAGACAAGAUUAGACAGAUUGUGUUUAUCUGGAUAACAUAUUAGAGGUGGUAAAUACUCACUUUGAAUUUAAGAACCAUUUAAAUCUAUGUUUAUAGAGUAAGUUAACUAUCAAAUCAUGGUAAGCUUGACAUGUCCUGAAGCUUUGUUAUACAAAACCAAAUAUCACAGAAAAUGAAUAACUGAGGUAAUUAACAACAUUCAAAAUAAAAACAUGGGCAACUGCAACGACCGACCCAAAGUGGUUGAGGGCUUGCAAAACUCACCUAAAGAGCGACAAAACCAACAGCAGCGACAACAACCGCAGCGACAACAAGACAACCAACAACGCCAGAGCAGCUAUUAUUCCGAGGUUUCGACGAACAGUAUACAAAGGGACCGCCCCAUCGUGUUGCCAUUCCAGGACACCAAUAUAUCAAACCGCAGUGAGGAAACCGAUGUAAAACAACCUGUGGAUCAAGACCUGACACUAAAUCUGUCGAAUUUCGAAGUGAUGACUGUUAAAUCAACCUCCAGGGCUUCCAGUUUAAAUUAUCAAAACAGAUACAUAAAGCGGUACAGAUCGGAGGAAGAGAAACUAUUGGAUAUCAUACAAGAACGGGAGAAAGUCAUACGACUUGCCAUUAAACAGGGGCAACAACUUCGGGCCAAAUGCAAUCGGUACAAAGAAGAACUGGAUAGCUUGAAAGCCCUGGGCGACGUUGACAUGACGGAUGUGGAAUGGCGGCGGCGCUAUCACGAUGCGGAGACCAAGUACUUGAACUUGAAGGAGGAGUUAGAGGUCAUGACCGCCAGGAACAAGAAUGGCAGAGAUCAUUUACAGCAGCAGCAGGAAAAGCUACGAACAUUGUCCAACGAAUUGCAACGUGAAAAAAUGCAAAAAUCGCGAUUGCUUUCAACGAGUCUGACGAGCCUAGCAAGUCAUGGGGUGAAAGACAAGAAGGGAAAGCGAGUGAUCGUGGCCCUCGAGACCGACAAGCGUCUCCUUCAAGAGAGGCUGCAAGAACUGGCCGCCCGGAACCAGCGCGGCAGGAACUACCUGACGAAGCUGGAGGCGGAAAAGCGAGACCAAGAGGAGAUGCUGACGCAGCUGAAGCAGCAACUGCUGAGAGAGAAACAGGAGAAAGAGAACCUACUCGCAAAGGUCACAAUACUGAGUGCAAGCCGCGAAAACCUUGUCAUACUCGAGGAAGACCAGGCUACGUAUGCACAGGUUGACAAAUCUAUAAAAACCAGCGCAGCCAAACAAAACGAUUCGCGUCCAGAGUUCCAACAUUCGGCACCGAGCGAAGACAAUGAGAUGUAUGCGCAUGUUGACAAAUCUAAGAAAACCAGCGCAGCCAAACAAAGCGAUUCGCUUCCAGAGAGCCAACAUUCGGAGCCGAGCUCUUUCGCCGAAAGCAAGCGCUUUCGGGAUAACGAACCCGUCGGUGACGACGACGGUAAAUCUGCGGACAUGUACGAAUACGUAAGCGUGAACAAGUUCGAUGAACGCAAAUAUACACAUGAAACGGGAAACAAAGCAGGGGAUGCUGAUGAAAGUAAACGUAGUAACUCCAGUAACGCGUCUAGCGGUGAAGCCUACGUGCCGUCAGAUAGGUCUGACUCGCCAGAAGUUCUAAUUAAACCGGAAGAUAUACACAUGGAUGAGCCGGUAUGGGACACUGUACCGGAAAGCGGCGCAAUAAACUUCGAGGAGCACACUACUAGGUUUUAACAGACUUUGAUCAAAACUGUGCACUGAUAUGCGCAUGAAAGUUCGUUGCCUUAUCUACGGAUUCGGAAAGAAAUUAAAAACAAAUAGACAAUACAUUGAAUGUAUUGUCUAUUUGUAUUUAAUUUCUUUCCGAAUCCGACUCGACUCAACGAUUCGACUUGUACGUGUAGCGUAAACUAUUGCACAAUGCUAAACUACAGUAGUUUUAUGUACUGGCGAUAGUUUAGGUACACGGUUGACAGCACACGCAUAAUAAUAAAGGUAUGCAUAAUUGUAUAUGUCAAAUAAUACUUUGUGAAAUGUAAUUUCACUAAGCAUUGACCUUUGAUGGACCAUUUGCAAUAAAGCGCAAAAUUGAGAAGAACGUGCACAAAUAUAACCUGUGGUUAGAAUUAAUAUUUAUCUACUAGUAGUACAUUGUUCAUUUUUUAUCCAUUUUCAGUCCAUGUAUUUUACUGUUUUGUGUGCGGUGUUUGGUAAGCAGAUUGUAUUUCUACGUAAUGUUUAUUGACUGGUCAAUUGUACAAAUCGUUUCUCAUUAUCUAUAUCGGAACUUUUACAUUGAAAUAAAUGGUGUUGGAGAUAA